AUGGGGCGUAAAUCAGCGACCAAGAAGAAGCAAGUGGAGGAAGAGGAGGAGUAUGAGAUUGAUUCUAUUAUAGAUGCCAUGAUUGGUGGUGUACGGGGGAGACCUAAAACUCUCAGCUAUUUUGUCAGUUGGAAGGGAUACCCAGAAUCUGAUAAUUGCUGGGUAACGGACGGUGACGCGAACAAUGCAAGCGAAUUGGUUAAGAAGUUCUGGUAUCAUAACCCAGACUUAUACGUUGAUCUCGGUUUGAAGCCUAACAAGGUGGAGAAGCCACAGUCUCUGAUUAAUCGCGAGAAAGGCAAGGAUAUCCAACAGGAGGAGGAUUUGAAUGACAAUAACGAGGAUCAACAGCACAACCGUACUUUCCUCAAUCCUCCUCAUUCUCCUGAUGAAAGUGACUUGGACAAUGGCUUAGACCAUGACGUAGACAAUCAUUCCAAUGAGGAUCAUCAUCCUGCUAUUCCCGCUGAUGAUGCUGACGAUGCUGACGAUGCUGACGAUGCUGACGAUGCUGCCGAUGCUGCUCACAGUGAUAAAGCUGCUACGGUUGAUCCUGAGCCUGAAUCUGAUACUCAUUCUCACUCUAAACUCCACUCUCACUCUCAAACUCUCUCUCAGCCUCCCUCUCGCCCUAAAAGAGGCAGAGGUCGCCCUUCAAAAGCCUCUCUUGGACUAAAUCCCACUGAAAAACAAACAAAGUCCAAAAAGUUCAAAAUUUCCUCCUAUGACGAUGCUCCACGUUGGGAUAACCACCUCGACAUCUUGGGCGUCAGUCGCUCAGAUGUUCCCGGUGAAAAAGCCAUGUUCAAAGUCCAGUUCGAUGAUGCGCGUGUCAAUGUCUAUGGUUUUGAAGAGCUUGUUGAGAGAGCUCCAAAGACACUCUGCAGAUAUCUCUCUAUGUACAUGGACUUCGACAAAGCUCAAACAGAUAACAGUGAACCGUCUAGACCUCUGAAAAGACACAACCAAGACGGUAAAACGUUUUUUGAAGUUUGA